GGUAAAGUCUUUUUCAUAAAUUAGAUUGAUGUCCUUUAAUAAUUUGGAAUUUAUUUGUUAUUUGCAUUUAAAUAAAGUAACAUAUUAAAUAAAUAAAUAUUUGCUAAGUUCAAAAUUAUUAAAAUUAAAAAAUUAAUUUGUAGAGCUUCGAAGAAUUUCUAAUCCUAGAUUCAAGAUUCAUUUAUAAUAAAGAAGAAACAGGAGAACACACAACUCAUUAUAUGAAUAUAAAAAAAAUUAGCAAUAAGUUAUAAUAUAUUAAAUGAUAUUGCUUUAUGUAUGUUAUUAUAUUUUUAUAUGUUGCUGCAAAUUUAAUUUACAAAUUCUUUUUUUUUUAAUAAUAUUUUUUUAAAUUAUUAUAUAAAUAUACAGCUAUUUCAUUAGGAGUAACUGGUGCCAAUAAAAAUUAGUCUAAACUAAAAAUUUUAAUUUCUAAAAUUUUUGA